UGUCAUAGAAUUUUCCAUAUAAAUCAAUAAAUCGUUAAUAUCCACGUAUAAACUAUUCAAUUCUGAUGAUUGGUGUGGUGUGGCCAGUCCGCUAUCGAUUGUCACUAAAAUAUACCGAGGGACCUUUCAAUAAAUGUCCCUUUGUGUCCUGGCAUGAUACAUUUUGCAGAGUUGAAGGGCUUUCUUGUUUGGAGUUGGUGAAUUGUCUUUGGGUGUGGAUUAGCAAAGAUGUGGAUUUUUGGUUGGAAGGGGCCAUCUGGGUUCUCUGCCUCUUCCACUGCAGAGGAGGUUACCCGGGGAAUCGAUGGAACUGGGCUUACUGCCAUUGUUACAGGAGCAUCCAGUGGUAUAGGCGUUGAGACAACUCGUGUUCUUGCAUUGCGUGGUGUGCAUGUAGUCGUGGCGGUAAGAAAUGUGGAGGCUGGUAAGAAUGUAAGAGAAACAUUACUUAAGGAAAACUCUUCUGCUAAGAUUGAUGUGAUGGAAUUAGAUCUUAGCUCAACGGAGUCAGUCAGAAAAUUUGCAUCAGGGUACAAUUCCACUGGACUUCCUCUGAAUCUCCUCAUAAACAAUGCAGGAGUAAUGGCAACUCCAUAUACGCUUUCCCAAGACGGAAUAGAAUUGCAAUUUGCAACAAAUCAUUUAGGUCAUUUUCUUUUGACAAAUCUACUGUUGGAGACCAUGAAAAAUACAGCUUAUCAAAGCAAUAGAGAGGGUAGGAUCAUUAAUGUGUCAUCAGAGGCUCACCGACUUACAUAUAGUGAAGGCAUUCGAUUUGAUAAAAUUAAUGAUCAAUCGAGCUACAACACUCUCUAUGCUUAUGGACAAUCAAAGCUUUCUAAUAUUUUGCAUGCUAAUGAGCUGACAAGGCGCCUGAAGGAAGAUGGGAUGGAGAUCACUGCUAAUUCACUUCAUCCUGGAUCAAUUAAUACCAAUCUUCUCCGUUACCACAGUUAUAUUAACGGCAUUGCUAAUAUGAUUGGUAGAUUUGUGCUAAAAAAUGUUCAGCAGGGAGCGGCAACUACCUGUUAUGUGGCAUUGCAUCCGCAAGUGAAGGGAGUAAGCGGAGAAUAUUUUAUGGACAGUAACAUAACCAAGCCAAGUUCCAAGGCCAAAGAUGCAACAUUGGCCAAAAAGCUAUGGGAUUUCAGCUUGAGCUUGACUUCUCCAAAGUAGUUGGAUGCAGAUUUGCCCUACUUCAAGUUAUAGGGUAUGCUUGAGAUUUCAUUUUGUGCGUAAAUUGUGAAAUGACGAUAUCAUUAUGCUUGCAACUGUUUCUGAAAUUCUCUUGUUUGAAUUUAGACGAAGAAUUGGUUCUUCCAGUGUCUUUUAACACUUGCAAUCUUUACAAUGGUUUUGACU